CUUUCAUUUCAUUAUUGUCAUAUUGGUGCUGUAUCACAUCACGUUGCAAUUAAAAGUACAUUAAUUUAAAUGUAAUUAAUAAACCGUUCGAUGAGCAGCAUAGCAGCACAGUUGGACUAAUAGACUCUUGUCUGCAGAAACACUGUCUGUGUGAAUAUUUUACAGCAGUCUGGUGUUAUUUGUGCGGGAGUUAAUCACGGUACCCACAAUGGGUUGUUGCUUUGGAAUUAGAGACUGCAGAUACACACAUACAGUAUCUGUGCUGCUGCCUUCAGAAUGCUGUGGGGAUUUAAUGGAGAAGAAGGUGUUUACUAAGUGUAAAAUUAGUUAUGCAUGACAGAUAAUGGUCAGACUCGCUCAUUAAUCCACAGCAGAGUACAGACUAUUUCACUGACAUUCUUUCUAUAAUUGUGUUAAAAUACUUUUUAGCAUCAGUAGUGAAUCAAAUUUUUCUCAUUAUUUUGUUGUUGACACAUUUUGUUGAUGUACAUGUACUAUUUAUGAAAUCCAGAACAGUCAAUAAUAACAAUUAUUGUCCAACAGCUAUCAGCUUGCAACCCUUCAGUUGGCUAGCCUCCUGUCUGCGCCUGUCCAACGUGCAAAUACAUACAAAUAAUACAAGUGUGAAGUGAAAAACUUGAAACCUUCUGUAUGAAUGCAGAAAACAGAUCUUUGAGUGAAAUUAGAGUGAUAAUCUACAAUGGCAUGCAAAAGUUUGGGCACCCCUGGCCAAAAUUUCUUUUACUGUGAACAGUGAAGUAAGUAGAAGAUGGAUUGAUUUCCAAAAGGCUUGAAGUUAAAAAUGAAACAUGCUUUUCAACAUUUUAUGCAAAAUUAGUGUAUUAUUUUUGUUUUGUGCAAUUUUAGGGUCUCUGACCAUAAUUAGCUUUUUAGGGCUCUGGCUUGUUCACAACCAUUGUUGGGAAAGGCCAGGUGAUGCAAAUUCCAAAGCUCUAUAAUCUUUAUAAAAUGACAGUAAAGAAUGGGAGAUAGUUAAUAGAGAUUUGUCAGUAAUCUUAAGUAGGCUUAGAGGAAAUGCAAUAGAAAGGUUAGAAAAGAUGGGAGAUAUAAUUUACUCAUAUGGUGUAGAGAGGUUUGGGGUGCAUGAGAGAAGGAGGAGUGAGAGGGUACAGUCAGGUAAGUCUAGGCAGCAAAGAGAAAUAGAGAAGUUAGUCAAAGAAAGGAGACAGUUAAGAAAGCAGUGGAAAAAGGCUACAGAAGAAGAAAGGGAGGGAAUUAAUGUGCUGUAAGAGGAGUUGAGAAGCAGGCUAGCAGUUCUUAGAAGGGCGGAACAUCUCAGGAAGAAGGGGAGGAAGAAGGAACAUGUAAGGACAGGUUUUUUCAGGGACCCUUUUAAGUUUGUUAAAGGAUUGUUCAGCCAGGAAAAGGGAGGGCAGCUCAAAGCAGAAAGGCUAGAGGUUGAAGUAUAUUUGAGAAAUACAUAUUCAGAUUUAGAGAAGAAUAGGAUAGUAGGUUUCCCACCCGAUAUCCCUCCAUUAGGAGGGUUAGAGCAUGAGAUGGAUGUCAGGCCACCUAGGUGGAAGGAAGUUCAGGAGGUGGUCAGGCGUGCAAAGGCUUCUUCGGCCCCAGGACCUAAUGGAGUCCCCUACCGGGUUUAUAAAAGUGCACCUUAUAUCCUUAAAUUUUUGUGGAAACAGCUAAGAAUAGUUUGGGAGAAACAAAUUAUACCAAGAGCAUGGCGUAGGGCAGGGGGUGUCCUCAUUCCUAAGGAGAAGGAGUCUGUGGACCUUAGCCAGUUCCGGAUGAUUUCUCCCUUGAAUGUGGAGAGGAAGAUUUUUUUUUGUGUAGUUGCGCAGAGAUUAGCUAGCUACUUAGAAAGGAAUAGCUUAAUAGAUACCAUGGUGCAAAAGGCAGGAAUACCAGGUUUUUCAGGGUGUUUAGAGCAUGCUAGCAUGAUCUGGCACCAGAUUCAGGCAGCGAAGAUUAACAAAAGGGACCUGCAUGUAAUAUUUUUAGAUCAAGCAAAUGAGUUUGGUUCAGUACCGCACAGCCUCAUUUGGAGUGCGUUUGACUAUUUCAGAGUGCCACAGCAGCCCCAAGUUCCAGAGAUGCAGCAGUUCCAAGCUCCUGAGCUUCAGCAGUCCAAAGCUUCAGAGCUGCAGCAGUCAUCUGGUCCUCCAAAGCAGCAGUCACCAGUCAUUCUUGCCUACGACUGCAACCUCCACAGCUAUCCUGCCUACGUUGCUGGCUCCCUGCCCGUCCUCCAGAAGUGCUUUGCCUAUCUGUCCUCCUGGUAA